AUGCAGACAUUGAACCAUGCAGACAUUGAACCGAAAAUCCAGGCUAGGCUGUGGGUAGUGCACAUAGACGUUAAAAAUAUCCUAUACUGUUUUUUGUGUGCAAGGUUAGCAUUAAAAAGGAGUUUGAAGGUUGUAAUAGAUUCAGAGGUUUCUGGAUUAACCCAAACUACAAUAAAAAUGAUAUCCCACCGUUGCAAAACUUAUGCUAGAUUGAUAUUUUUGAGAUUUCGGACCAGAGUUAUUUUAAUAUUUUUUCAAGCACGUUUGGCCCACAGCCAAAGUUGUACUAUGCAGACAUUGAACCAUGCAGACAUUGAACCGAAAAUCCAGGCUAGGCUGUGGGUAGUGCACAUAGACGUUAAAAAUAUCCUAUACUGUUUUUUGUGUGCAAGGUUAGCAUUAAAAAGGAGUUUGAAGGUUGUAAUAGAUUCAGAGGUUUCUGGAUUAACCCAAACUACAAUAAAAAUGAUAUCCCACCGUUGCAAAACUUAUGCUAGAUUGAUAUUUUUGAGCAAGUUUCUAGCUUUCGAAAACUGUAAGAUUUCGGACCACAGUUAUUUUAAUAUUUUUUCAAGCAUCUUUGGCUGUGGGCCAAAGUUGUACUAUGCAGACAUUGAACCGAAAAUCCAGGCUAAGCUGUGGGUAGUGCACAUAGACGUUAAAAAUUUUCUAUGA